GGCAGAGGUGGCAUCUUUCUUCCGCCCCCUCCUUGUCCCUAAGUUCCUACCCUCCGAGAAUCGCCCACGACCUUCACCCUCGUCCAUUUCUCCCUCUCCUCUCCGCGCCAGUGCCCCCGAAUCCUAAUCGCUCCACUCGUGGCGCCCCCCGCGUUUCUCCUCUUCGCCGCAAACCCCGCGACCUCCAGCAGCCCGCCCGCACGGGCCCGAUCCUGCCUGGCAGCUCCCGCCGCAACCUCCUCAGCCUUCCCGCUCUCUCGGAGCUCGCGCCACUACACCCUCGGGGGUCUCCCCUCGAGCUUCCCGGUUCCCUCUUCUUCCCACCCCCUCGGAGCCCCCUCCCCGGCCUUGGCUGGCCGGCAUGCAGGUGUCUAUCGCAUGUACUGAGCAGAACCUUCGCAGCCGGAGCAGUGAGGACCGUCUGUGUGGACCCCGGCCGGGCCCCGGGGGCGGUAACGGCGGGCCGGUCGGCGCGGGGCAUGGGAACCCUCCAGGGGGAGGAGGGUCGGGCCCUAAGGCCCGGGCCGCCGUGGUCCCCCGACCCCCAGCGCCUGCUGGGGCCCUCCGAGAGAGCACCGGCCGAGGCACUGGCAUGAAAUACAGGAACCUAGGAAAGUCUGGUCUUCGGGUAUCCUGCCUUGGCCUAGGUACCUGGGUCACAUUUGGUUCUCAGAUCUCAGAUGAGACAGCAGAGGAUGUGCUGACAGUAGCCUAUGAGCACGGUGUAAACCUGUUUGAUACCGCCGAAGUGUAUGCAGCAGGAAAGGCUGAAAGAACCCUAGGAAACAUCCUCAAGAGCAAAGGUUGGAGGAGAUCAAGCUAUGUCAUCACUACCAAGAUUUUUUGGGGAGGACAGGGAGAAACCGAGCGAGGCUUGAGCCGCAAACACAUCAUUGAAGGCUUGCGAGGAUCCCUGGAGCGCCUCCAGCUGGGAUAUGUGGACAUCGUCUUUGCCAAUCGUUUGGACCCCAACAGUCCCAUGGAGGAGAUUGUGCGAGCCAUGACCUACGUCAUCAACCAGGGCCUGGCCCUAUACUGGGGGACAUCCCGAUGGGGGGCUGCAGAAAUCAUGGAGGCCUACUCCAUGGCCAGACAGUUCAAUCUGAUCCCUCCAGUGUGUGAACAAGCUGAGCACCAUCUGUUUCAGAGAGAGAAGGUGGAGAUGCAGCUGCCAGAGCUCUACCACAAGAUUGGUGUUGGCUCAGUCACCUGGUCCCCUCUGGCCUGUGGCCUCAUCACUAGCAAGUAUGAUGGGCGAGUCCCAGAUACCUGCAGGGUCACCAUCAAGGGCUACCAGUGGCACAAAGACAAAGUGCAAAGUGAGGAUGGCAAGAAACAACAAGCCAAAGUCAUGGACCUUCUCCCCAUCGCUCACCAGCUGGGCUGCACUGUGGCGCAGCUUGCUAUUGCGUGGUGUCUCCGCAGUGAGGGGGUCAGCUCGGUCUUGCUGGGGGUGUCCAGUGUGGAGCAGCUGGUGGAGCACCUGGGCGCCCUGCAGGUGCUGAGUCAGCUGACCCCGCAGACGGUGAUGGAGAUAGACGGACUCCUAGGCAACAAGCCGCAUCCCAAGAAGUAGUCCACCAGGGACGCAGGAACCCAAUCCCUGAGCCGCUGCAUCCCCCAGAAACGCGUCCCCGCCUCUGCCUCCCUCCCGCUCCGGAUCCCUCCACGCAGCGGCCGAGACAGGGCGGCCCCGCCCACUAGCGAGUUCCAGCUUUGAGUAGCGAUAGCAUGAACAAAGCCAUAUCCUCCCGCAGUGGGGCUUGAGAGGGAAAGUAGUCCGCCGCCCCCUGCUACGUCCACCUAGGCCUUUCUGCUAAUCCUGGGCAUGAGCUACUGGGCCGUCACCUCUCUGCGACUUGGUCUCGCUCCUUCUCUCUUCCCCUAAUUGCCGAGGUCCAGGGAAAAACAAAAAGGCAUAUACAAGACCCAUUGCAGAGUACCUCGAAAGCGGCCCUUGAAAUGUCAUCAAGGAGUUGUGAGUUCUAAUAAGAAGCGAGUUGUGGUGUCACCUGGAAAAAAGGAAAUGGGACUCUUAAAUUCUUUACAAAGGAAGCCAGGCUGGUCCUGGCAGGAAGUAAAUGAUGACUUUUGGGAAACCGGGACCCUGCCUCAGCCAGGAGGUGGAGAAGGGCGUAAAACUAGAAUUCGUAUUGAUGCUUUGUUCUUGGGGAGAAGGGUAGAGUGGGGAGUGCAGUAGCAAAGCACCGGUGAGGGAAAUUUGAUGGCCAGUGUAUACAGUAUCCUGGCGGAAGUGGCCAGGGAAGACCUUGGAAAGCACACUGGGCCUCACUUCGCAGAAAACAGUGACAGCCUUUAGGUCACGUCAGGGAAAUGGGGCCAACAUAAAAGGUCUGGGGAUAAACCUUUGAGCCUUGAGCAGGACUUCCUACCUGGCAGGGGAAGACUGUGUCUUCCUCCUGGCAAUAAUCUUAAAGCAAUAAUGAUGGCCCCUCUUGUGCAAGACUUCCCAGGGAACUGUAAAUAAAAUCUCAGCUUGAUCAU